UUUAGUGCAUAGCUGUGUGCGGUGAUUGCGUUGUAAAAAUAAAAAAAAAAAACUAAAUGGCGCGCUUAUAAAUUGAACAAAAUGGCUGUGACAAUUUUGCUACGUGCUUUUUGUUAUUCGACAUUUAUAUUAUACACAAACAGUUUGCCUAGAAUAAAUGAGAAUAAUUAUACAGCAAUAAACAAAGAUACUCCCAGUAUGUCGCUGCAGCGGUUGACAGCGCUGCGCGCGCUGAUGGCGAGUCAGCCCACCAAAUUGGCCGCUUAUAUCGUCCCUACAGCUGACGCGCAUAAUUCCGAGUACAUAGCGGCAGCGGACGCCCGCCGCGAGUGGAUAUCAGGGUUCACAGGAUCUGCAGGCACCGCCGUGGUGACGGCAUCCCAGGCUCUGGUCUGGACCGAUGGGAGAUACUACACGCAGUUCGAAAAGGAGGCCGACAUGGCUCUCUGGACGCUGAUGAAGCAGUCGCUUCCAGACACCCCCUCCAUGGAAUCGUGGCUCUCUACCAACUUGUCUGAAGGCGACGUGGUGGGGGUCGACCCGCACACCAUGACCAGGGAGGAAUGGACACCGCUGCAAACAACAUUGACUAGGUCAAAAAUGAAGUUGCUGCCAGUAGCCAGUAAUUUGGUGGACGCGGCCAGGAGUCAGCUGAGCGAUCCACCACCGCGGCGACCCUGUAACCAGGUUGUGGCCUUACCAAUCAAAUACACUGGUAAGACGGCCGGAGAGAAGAUAAAAGAACUUAGAAAGAAGAUAGCAGAGAAGAAGACGUCAGCGCUGGUCGUGACAGCGUUGGACGAGGUGGCGUAUAUUUUAAACCUGAGAGGCAGCGACAUAGAUUACAACCCGGUGUUCUUCGCCUACCUCGUCAUCACUCCCGCGUCCUCUAUUCUCUUCUGGUCGUCAGGAAGUCUACCAGACACGGUGACUGAACAGCUGAAAGAAGAAGGAGUGAAAAUCGAAGUUAAACCGUAUAGCAAUAUAGUGCCUUAUUUACAGGAGUUAGCUAAAAAUGAAGCAGCCGGCAGCGGUCGAGCCGUAUGGUUGUCGAAUGAGGCGAGCGAGGCGAUACACAGAGCUGCUUCUGGGUCCGACGUGCUGAAUCAACCGCUAACCCUCAUCUCCGAAGUGUCUCCGGUAGCGCUCAUGAAGCUGGUCAAGAAGGAGGUCGAACUAGAGGGUUUCCGCAACUGCCACAUACGGGACGGCAUAGCGGUGGUCCGGUUCCUGAGGUGGCUCCACGAGCAGGUGGAUGAUGGCCAGGCGGUCACCGAGAUACAGGCAGCCGACAAACUGCUCGAGUUCAGGAAAGAAGAAGACGACUUCAUGGGCCCCUCGUUCGAGACGAUAGCGGGGGCCGGGGCGAACGGGGCCAUCAUCCACUACAGCCCCUCCCGCACGGGGCCCCAGAGGACCAUCCACCAACAGGACAUGUUCCUGUUGGAUUCUGGCGGCCAAUACAAAGACGGUACCACAGACAUCACCCGUACAAGGAUGAUGAACAGGUCACCAUCACCGGAGCAGAGGGACGCGUUCACCCGCGUGCUCAAAGGGCAGAUUGCGGUUGGCAGCGCUCUAUUUCCGCUCGGCGUGAAGGGCAACGUGCUUGACAGCUUCGCCCGCAAGUCCCUGUGGGACGUGGGGCUGGACUACGCCCACGGCACGGGCCACGGCGUGGGCCACUACCUCAACGUGCACGAGGGACCCUCGGGCAUAUCCUGGCGCCCGUACCCCCACGAUCCGGGGAUGAAACCCGGGCACAUACUGAGCAAUGAGCCCGGUUUCUACAAAGUGGACGAGUACGGCAUACGCCACGAGGACCUGGUGGAAAUUGUGGCGAUCACCAAGGAGUCCGAUCAUCCCCGGGCCAAGAAUCUAGUAGGUGACUACGACGGGCGUGGGGUUCUCGGGUUCAGCACCCUGACGAUGGUGCCGCACCAGCGCGAGUGCAUCGACGCCGCCAUGCUGGACGAUCUGGAGCUUUCGUACAUAAAUAACUACCACAAGCGAGUCCUGUCCACACUAGGCCCCAAGCUGAAGGAACGGGGUUUGGUCCAGGAUCUCGAGUGGCUGGAGAGGGAGUGUCAACCCAUCGUCAGGGGAUAGGUAAAUGUGUAUCUACAAAUUAUAAACCUUUGCUAAAGAACAAUAUUUAUAAUGAAAAGUAUCAAAUAAUAAAUUUAAAAAAGAUCUAAA